AUGGUAUCUUGGUGGCUUUUUCGAUAUUUAUGGGUGUAUUACAUACUUGGGCAAUUUAAUGUUUUGUAUGUAAAAACAGAUUGGCCUUCUGUGGAUACAUCAAAUGUACAAUUAUUGACUCUUUUUUAUAAUGCACCAAACGGAUCUGAUCCUUUAGUACAGUACAUUCAUUCUAUUGCAAUGUUUAAAUCAGCAAUGAUACUUGCUCAACGAUACAACUUAACAAUUCAAGGGCAGUUUAUUGGAUGGCAAUCGAUAACAAGUAUUGGUGAUUCCAUGCGUACUCUUGGAAGUACUUGUGACAUGACAUCCAAGUCAAACAUUGUUGGUAUUGUGGGGCCGAGUCUUUCAAGAGAAGCUCAGGUUAU